AUUAGCCAUUAUCUCCACACUCUCUCUUUGGUUUCAUCGACGCACUCCGUUUUCCUCUCUCUCUCUCUGAAUAUCGGCGAGCAAAUGACGACGUCGUUCGGAACAACGGCGACGCCGAAAACGGCGGCCUCAGCUUCACCGGCUGUAUUUCCGGCCAAAAAUGCCCCGAAGUCUUUAACUUUAUUACCGUUCUGCCAUCAUCGCCGUUACAAUCCUUCACGUUCCAAAUUAUCCUUACGGUUUGCUACAGCGCCCAAACUCCAAUUCUCCUGUAAGGGGUUGCAAACUAGUCGGAAUCAUUCAGCCGUAGCAAGAGCCCAAUUGAAUGAGGUUGCUGUUGGUGGAUCUUCAAAUGAUGCAGCCACUCCAAUUACUCAGUCGGAAGAGGUGAAAUCGCCAUGUGAGACUUCAUCAGCAACUUCGGUAUCGGAAGAAUCAAUAUCUAACUUUAUUAGCCAAGUUUCAAGCCUUGUCAAGCUAGUUGAUUCUAGGGAUGUUGUGGAGCUACAUUUAAAACAGCUUGAUUGUGAAAUUUUAAUUCGUAAGAAGGAGGCACUACCACAACCACCGCCUCCUGCCCCUGCACACAUCCCAAUUCUACAAUCAUAUCAUGUGCCAUCUGUACAAUCUAGCCCACCUCCCGCACCUGCUCCUCCUCCAGUUCAAAUCCCUGCACCUUCUCCAGCUGCAGCAAAGCCAUCUGACUCAUCUGUUCCACCACUCAAAUGCCCAAUGGCAGGGACAUUAUAUCGAAGUCCAGGACCUGGUGAACCACCAUUUGUGAAGGUUGGUGACAAAGUGCAGAAGGGUCAAGUUCUUUGUAUUAUUGAAGCAAUGAAAUUGAUGAAUGAAAUAGAGGCUGAUCAAUCAGGAACCAUCAUUGAUAUCCUUGCUGAAGAUGGCAAGCCUGUCAGUGUUGAUAUGCCUCUGUUUGUCAUCAAACCUUAGAAUUGUUCAGAGUAAAACCCAGUAAACAAUAAGCAGAGAAACUUGGAAGGUGCUACUUUUGUUCCGUGAGAUCUUGCAGUAUUUCAGUUGCGAUGGCAUGUUACAAUGAACGACAAUGAAGGAAUGGUUGAGCCUUGAUGAACUCAUUAGGAGAUUUUUUAUUUAACCCCGCAGUAUUCUUUGACAUUCUAUGGGUACUGGCUUACUUUUUUCCAGUCUUUUAACAUAGUGAAGUUUGUGCCUUUAGCAAAUUAAGGAUUUUGUGCAGUUGGAUUAGCCA